AUGUUGUGGCCUGGUUUGCUGGGAAAUAGCAAAUAUGAAUUUGCAAAAACUUACUGUUCUGUCAAGUUCAUCCGAGGUUGUCAAAGUAAAGUGUUCCAGGAUUUCUCCAAGGGGAUGCGUUUGGACGAGUUAAAUGUGUUACUUAAGCAAACUGUGAUGAUAAGGCGUUUGAAGGAGCAUGUGCUGGUGCAGUUACCACCCAUACGUCGACAAAUUAUAAGCUUGGCUUUGAAGAGAUCCGAUAUUGUUGCAGCAAUGGCUUCUGUUGUCAGAGGGGUGAAAGGAGAUGCAUCUGCAGACAAUGAUGCUACAGACAAUGCUGGCUGUAGCAAAACUUCAAGGAAACUCUCUGAUCAAGAAGUUGGUAUUGCAAAGGUGUCAGGAUUCCGGGAGUGGCUUUCAAUUCAUCCAAUCAUUGCAGAGUUGGAUGGUCAAGAAAAUACGGAAACAAGCCUCAGUUCUCAAAAAAUGAUAAUUUUUGCUCAUCAUCAUAAGGUCCUUGAUAGAGUUCAGGGCCGCAAUAGUUAUAUUGAGAUACAAUACAAUGCUGGCUGUAGCAAAACUUCAAGGAAACUCUCUGAUCAAGAAGUUGGUAUUGCAAAGGUGUCAGGAUUCCGGGAGUGGCUUUCAAUUCAUCCAAUCAUUGCAGAGUUGGAUGGUCAAGAAAAUACGGAAACAAGCCUCAGUUCUCAAAAAAUGAUAAUUUUUGCUCAUCAUCAUAAGGUCCUUGAUAGAGUUCAGGAGUUUAUAUGUGAGAAAGGUGUAGGGUUUGUUCGCAUUGAUGGGAAUACACCUGCUGGAGAUAGGCAGUUAGCUGUUCAAUCCUUCCAAUCAUCAGAAGAGGUUAAGAUUGCCAUAAUCGGAAUACUUGCUGGGGGCUCUGGACUUAAUUUGUCAUCAGCACAAAAUGUUGUGUUCUUGGAGUUGCCUAAAGAACCAGCCCAUAUGCUUCAGGCCGAAGGUAGAGCUCACAGGCGAGGGCAAACCAAGGCAGUAAACAUAUAUAUCUUCUGUGCAAAGGGUACUUCAGAUGAGUCACUGUGGCAACAAUUGAAUAAGAGUUUGUACCGUGUUUCAUCUACCAUGAAUGGAAAGUAUGAUGCAGUACAAGAGAUAGCGGUCGAUAGUGUUUCUUACCUUGAAACAACUGGAGAAACAGAUGGAAGAAGUGAAAAUUCGUUUUUGGAGAGAGCAAGUGCUGAAGUUUCAGCGGUGGAGCUGAUCAAGCUUCCUAGUGUUUGCUUUGAUCAAAAUUUGCAGCCUGUUGAAGCAUGCGAUGUAUUGGAUGAAAAUGCUAAUAAAAGAUAUGCAGAAUUGAAUGAGAAUAUUUGCAAGUCAUCUCAGAAAGACAAUCUUCAUACUGAGGCUGAUUUUGCUUCCAAUCUAGAAAUGGGGAGCACUGUUCCAAAUGCAGGACCAGAAAGUAAUGCUUCUGAAUCUAAAGCUGAAAGUGCUGGGGGUGUUUCUUCCCACUAUUCAGAUGGCAGUGAAAACAAGUACCGAAUGAAGAAGGUCAACAAGACAUCUCCUGAGACCAAAGAUUUAAAUCAUGAUCUAUCUGUUGAGCUUUGUGAAGCUGCUGCAAAUAGCUCUAUGCAAGUGAAUUCUCUGCGCUUUGAGGUGAGUCAGUAUACAGGAAGGAUCCAUUUGUACUCUUGCAUUCCGCAAGUAGAUUCAAGACCAAGACCACUUUUUGAGAAUUUUCGAUCAGAGGAAGUUGAGUCACAACUUCCUCCCGUUGAGGACAGGAAGACAACAGCUUAUAAUUGUAUCAAGGAGGAUCCAAGAUAUAGACAUGCCCUCGUGGCAUUCGUUGAUGAAUGGAACAAGUUGAGGCCAAUUGAACGAAAAAAGUUGCUUUCCAAGCCUUUACAACUUCCUUUAUCUAUUGAGUUGUGCUAUUUGAAGGAAAGCAAUAACCAUGAUUGUGAGGGAUUGCUCAAGGGUGGAAGCAAGAGGCGUACUACACCAUGGGAUGAGAUAACCAAUCCCUUACCACCGAAUGCCAUAUGGAGAAUGGUCUGUCUAUGUGGCGGCUAUGGCAAAAAGGAAAAAAAAUAUGCACAGGGUUGGACUCUCUUGGAUGAACCACUAUGCAAACUUUGUCAAACUCCUUGCAAGGGCGGCAAUGCCAAGGCACCUGAAUUUUUUGAGGAUCUUUUCUGUAAUUUGGGAUGCUAUGAAGAAUAUCGCUUAAGAACUAGCAACAGAUCCCUUCGUGAGGGACUCUUCCAAAUUGAACGUGGCAUUUGUAUGAAUUGCCAACUAGAUUGUCAUAAACUUGUGGAACGCAUAAGACCUCUAUCAUAUGCAAAGAGGCAAGAGUAUAUCAAGAAAGUUGCACCAAAAUUGGCACAACGCAAGAAAUUACUCGACAAGCUUGUGCAUGACCCAACUGAGGGAAAUGCAUGGCAUGCAGACCACAUUGUACCCGUCUACCGAGGGGGAGGUGAAUGCAAGCUAGAGAACAUGAGAACCUUUUGUGUUGCUUGUCAUGCUGAUGUUACUGUAGCACAAUGUGCAGAGAGACGUUCAAGAAGGGUCAAAGCCAAGAAACAACUUAAAGUCAUCAUGAGUGACCUCAGAAAUAUCAAGAGCACAGCUCAAAUUGACGCUGAGCUAAAGGAUCGGGAUCAGUUGGAGAUUAAUGAGAAAAAAGAGGAGGAUGAACUUCUAAUCAAGGUUCCUGGGAGUGCAUAUUCUCGAGCAGAAACUAUUAGCACAAGUCCAGAUCAGGAAAACCCCCUUGUGGGCAAUCCAGAAUCUUGA